CAUGCUCCAAAGUUGGGCCACUUCAGCUACUCCAGAGAGGUUAGCAAAACCAGCAGACCUCUGACUGAGUCGAGGCAAACAUCUAAACAUCAUCCAUCUUCAUUCUCUUUUUUGUCUUUGCAUACUUUCUGUAAAACACACUGCAUUCUUUAGGCUUUUUUUUAUCUUUAGCGCGCCUGAACGCACACGUGUGUGUGACUUUUUGGUCUAUUUUCUGAGCGUGUUAUUUACUUCUGUGUUUCUGGAAUCUCUCUAUUUUUGUGCAUGUAUUUUUAAAACACUGGACCUGUAGUAGCUGUAGUCUCUUCUGACUAAAGCGAGACUGGACCUAAUUCUUUCAGCAUCACUAGGGACUGUAAUAUAUUUUUAGAGUAGCUGCUAUGGCUACUUUACCAGGAACAGUUCCUCGAAUGGUUCGGCCAGCACCGGGCCAGAACUACCCUCGCACUGGAUUUCCCCUGGAAGUGUCCACCCCGCUGGGCCAGGGUCGAGUGAACCAGCUCGGCGGCGUGUUCAUCAACGGGAGGCCUUUACCGAACCACAUCCGACACAAGAUCGUGGAGAUGGCUCACCACGGCAUCCGGCCGUGCGUCAUCUCUCGACAGCUGCGGGUUUCCCACGGCUGCGUCUCCAAAAUCCUCUGCCGAUACCAGGAGACGGGUUCGAUCCGGCCCGGUGCCAUAGGGGGGAGUAAACCCAGGCAGGUGGCAACGCCCGACGUGGAGAAAAGAAUUGAGGAAUACAAGCGUGAAAACCCGGGUAUGUUCAGCUGGGAGAUCCGCGACAAGCUGUUGAAGGACGGAGUGUGUGACAGAAGCACGGUUCCUUCAGGUGAGGCCUCAUCUGUGAGUUCCAUUAGCCGGGUUUUGAGAGCACGUUUUGGAAAGAAGGAUGAUGAUGAUGAUUGUGAUAAGAAGGAUGAAGAUGGAGAGAAGAAAACGAAGCACAGCAUCGACGGCAUUUUGGGAGACAGAGGUCACCGCACGGACGAGGGUUCGGACGUGGAGUCGGAGCCAGACUUGCCUCUGAAGAGGAAACAGAGACGCAGUCGCACCACAUUCACCGCUGAGCAGCUGGAGGAGCUGGAGAAGGCCUUCGAGAGGACACACUACCCUGACAUCUACACACGUGAGGAGCUGGCUCAGAGGACCAAGCUCACUGAGGCUCGUGUACAGGUGUGGUUUAGUAACCGACGAGCCAGAUGGCGCAAACAAGCAGGAGCUAAUCAGCUGGCAGCGUUUAACCACCUGUUACCUGGAGGGUUUCCUCCAACUGGAAUGCCAACUCUGCCAACCUAUCAGCUCCCAGAGACCACCUAUCCUAGUACCACCCUCUCCCAGGUAGACGGCAGCAGCACGUUGCAUCGUCCUCAGCCUCUCCCACCUUCCUCCAUGCACCAGGGUGGGCUCUCAGCCGACGGUAGCUCCGCAUACGGCCUCUCGUCCAAUCGCCACACCUUCUCCAGCUACUCGGAAACCUUCAUGACUCCGUCGGCUUCGAGCAACCACAUGAACCCGGUCAGCAACGGGCUCUCCCCACAGGUGAUGAGCAUCCUGAGCAACCCCAACGCUGUGCCGUCUCAGCCGCAGCACGACUUCUCCAUCUCGCCGCUCCACGGCAGCCUGGAUGCCUCCGGCUCCAUCUCGGCCAGCUGCAGCCAGCGUUCGGACCCCAUCAAGAGCGUGGAGAGCCUGGCCUCGUCCCAAUCCUACUGUCCUCCCACUUACAGCGCCACCAGCUACAGCGUGGACCCCGUGACAGCCGGAUACCAGUACAGCCAGUACGGCCAGAGUGCUGUGGACUACCUGGCUAAAAACGUGAGUCUGUCCACUCAGAGGAGGAUGAAGCUGGGAGAUCACUCUGCAGUACUCGGGCUGCUGCAGGUGGAGACGGGACAGGCCUACUGAUCAACACACACACACACACACACACACACACACACACACACACACACAGUAUAAUUCUAUAACACGUGUAUGUGUGUGAGACUUACAGCCUGACGUCCCCGGUGUUUAAGUGAUGAAGCAGACGAGGCUUUUAUUCCUGACUCCUGUAUAUAAUCACGUAUGAAGUCCGACAUCAUUAAAAAGUUGUUGAUUUUUUUAUUAGUAUUCUUCUGAUAAUAAUGAAUAAUGAUGAACCUCCUCUUAAUUAUGAUAAAUGCCUUUGUUUUUGUUCUGAAACACAAGACCAACCAGAUCUCACACAAAAGUCCCUCAAAUUACUUCAAACAUCAUCAUCAUCAUCAUCAUCUUCAUCAUCAUUAUCAUCAUCAUCAUCACGCUCCUUUCCCUGAAACAUUUCACUGACGUCACGUUUCUCCUCACGCUGCCGCAUUCCUAAAGUCUGAGCGACAAUGUUCUCCUAGGAAUUUACAUCAUCUAUUGUGAGA